AUGUCGACACGAUACCUUUUCCAGGUCACGAUCACUUUACUGGCGGUUCUCCUGACCGCCGCCGAUGCCGUCGACUACACGGUCACCAACACGGCCGCCACCACCCCCGGCGGCGCCCGGUUCAACAACGAGAUCGGCGCCGACUACACCCGCCAAAUCCUGCCCACCUCCUCGAACUUCAUAUGGAGGACAUUCCAGCAGCCGAACGAAGCCGACAGAAAGCCCGUCCAGAGAGUCGGCGUGUUCAUCGACGACAUGGACGGCGUGGCGUACGCCAGCAACAACGAGAUCCACGUCAGCGGCAGGUACAUCGGCGGAUACUCGGGCAACGUGAAGGCAGAGUUCACGGGCGUGAUUUACCACGAGAUGACGCACGUGUGGCAGUGGAGCGGGAAGGGGCAGGCUCCCGGCGGGCUGGUAGAAGGGAUGGCCGAUUACGUGAGGCUGAAGGCAGGGUACGCGCCGAGUCACUGGGUGGGGCCCGGGAAAGGGGACAGGUGGGACCAAGGGUACGACGUUACGGCCAGGUUUCUGGAGUACUGCGAGGGAGUGAGGGGAGGAUUCGUGGCGGAGCUGAACAAGAAGAUGAGAGAUGGCUAUGGGAAUGGCUUCUUCCAGGAUUUGACUGGGAAGAGCGUCGAUCAGCUUUGGAGGGAUUACAAGGCUAAGUAUGGGCAGUAA